AUGUCCAACAAAAUUUGUACCCUCUCCCCCUCCACCAACAAGGUCAUCUUCGAACACCCUGGCAUCUCCCUUGACGAGGCCCGCCAGAUCGCCCAGGCAUCGCAAGAUGCAUUCCGCACAUACAAGCAGACAACGCUGGCUCAGCGCAAGGAGAUCAUCCUCAAAGCUCUGGACCUAAUUGCUGCCAACAAAGAGACGCUGGCUGAGGAGCUGACCACACAAAUGGGCCGUCCGAUUGCCUUUAGCGCAAAAGAAAUCGAGACCUUUCGCAAGCGCGGAGAUUACCUCCUCGACAUUGCGGAGGACAGCCUUAAGUCCCUCCCUGGUGCUCCUGAGAAUGGCUUCAGGAGAUUCCUCAAGAAGGAACCGGUUGGACCGACUUUGAUCAUCACCGCAUGGAAUUUCCCCUACCUAGUCACAAUCAACGCCCUUGUCCCCGCCCUCCUCGCCGGAAACACUGUCCUCCUCCGUCCAUCCCCUCAAACCCCGAUCUUUGGCGAGCGCCUUCUCCAAUACUUCACCGAAGCUGGUCUUCCUCCCAACGUCCUCCAGCUCGUCCACUGCGGCUCUCCGGAGGUGCUCGAUCAGAUCGUUCAGCUCCCCCAGAUCCAACUCAUCUCUUUCACUGGAUCUACGGCAGGUGGAUUCCGCAUCCGCGAAGCGACCGCGCGCAGAAUUGUCCCGGUCAACCUCGAGCUCGGAGGAAACGACCCGGCGUAUGUCCGACCGGAUGCAGACAUUCCAUAUGUAGCUGCGCAGCUCGUCGAUGGUGCUGUCUUCAACUCGGGUCAGAGCUGCUGUGCUGUUGAGCGGGUCUAUGUGCAUGCUGACGUGCACGAUGCAUUCGUGGAGGAGGUGAAGAAGGAGCUGGCUACAUACAAGCUCGGUUCCCCACACGACAAGUCCACUACCACUGGCCCGGUUGUCUCCCAAGCAGCGCUCAAGAACAUUCAAUCGCACAUCACCGACGCCGUGUCCAAGGGCGCCAUCAAUGCAACCCCCGAAAAUGCCAGUUUUGUGAACCCCCCGGCGGAAGGAAACUACCAGCCUCCUACUGUCCUGACUAAUGUCACUCAUGAGAUGGUGGUCAUGAAAGAAGAGACCUUUGGUCCUGUCAUGCCAAUCAUGAAGGUCUCCUCGGACGAGGAGGCGAUUACUCUGAUGAAUGACAGUGACUAUGGUCUUACGGCCAGUAUUUGGACGAAGGAUAUCAAGAAGGGAGAGGAGCUGAUUGACAGCUUGGAGGCGGGAACGGUGUAUAUCAACCGCUGCGAUUAUCCCAGUCCGGACCUCGCAUGGAUUGGGUGGAAGAACUCUGGUCUGGGAUGUACCCUGGGACCCCAGGGAUUCGAUGCAUUCUAUAAGCUGAAGAGCUUCCACAUCAAGGAGGCGCAGGCGUAA